GACCUGGGGACGCCCGCGCAACAGAGCAGCCUGGCCCUGAGCCUCGAGCUGCAGGCCGCGCGGGCCGCAGUCGGGGGACAGUUUGAUGCCGCGAAGGCCGUGGAGGAACAGCUGAGAAAGUCGUUCCAGACUCGCUGCGGCCUGGAGGAGAGCGUGGCCGAGGGGCUGAAUGUGCCGCGCUCCAAGCGGCUCUUCCGGGACCUGGUGAGCCUGCAGGUACCCGAGGAACAGGUUCUGAACGCCGCGCUGAGGGAGAAAUUGGCGCUUCUGCCGCCGCAGGCUCGAGCCCCGCUCCCAAAGGAGCCACCUGGGCCUGGGCCAGACAUGACCAUUUUGUGUGAUCCAGAUACAUUAUUUUACGAAUCUCCACAUCUGACCCUGGAAGGUUUGCCCCCUCUCCGGCUUCAACUCCGGACCCGCCCUUCAGAGGAUACUUUUCUCAUGCAUCGGACACUGAGACGAUGGGAAGCAUAGACUUGGCGGCUCCCUGGAUUGCUAGUUCAUAUUUUUGUUUAAACUAUUUAUCAGAAUAAAGUGGUUUUGCUAACAAA